AUGGUCGCCUCCGCCGUCCACCGCGGCGUCGCCUUCGAGCUGCGCUCGCUGCGCAUCCUCCAGGCGCACCUCUCCAUGUCCCUCCAGCGCGUCGGCGGCAAGGCCGACGGCGGCGUCGACCUCCAGGGCUGGUGGUGGCUCCCGUCCAGGACCGCAGAUGCAGAACACCCCCGGCGCGUCCGCGUCCUCGCGCAGUGCAAGGCCGAGAAGAAGAAGAUGGGCCCGAACUACGUGCGCGAGAUGGAGGGCGUCAUGUCGCGCCAGCGCACCGACGCCGCCGUCGCGCUCCUCAUAUCCGAGUCUGCGUUUACCGCCGCGACCCUCCUCCGAGCAAACUCGUCCAGCGUGCCGUUCUUCCUGCUUCAUUUUCCCGCGGAGGGAGACGGAGCUAUCAAUGCGGCGUUCUGGAACCCCGCGUUGGCUGGGGAGAGCGGUAUCUUGGGCGGCGAGAUCGACAUACGUUGGGAGCGGGAGCCUUCGGGCGGCGGAGGCCGACCAGGGCUCUGGUACAAGGGAGAGAGGCUACGCAGUCUCAUACCUCCACUGGCUAGCGUACCCGAAUCAACAACGGGCCUAAUCGAGGACCUCUAAGCCGCUCACUAUGAAGUGCACGUGCCCCCAAUACUCAGGCCAAUCUGAAGGCGUUCAGCCGCAGGCCAUGUGGUGUCCAAUAACCGUCCUAUCCAGCGGGGGCAGGUCUGUCCCUUCGCUGCAAGGAACUGCAUAACCAUCAUCUGGCGUCCGUCUCCGUUCUAUAUUCCGCUCAACCACCCCUAGCGCAAUUAGAGCUGAGAGCGGGCAGCACGCGGAAGGGGGGUGUACGGAGGUAGUAUCUACUGCAAUGCCCGGCGGAUACAAACCAUUGCUACAUAGUAAUCACAAUAAUAGCGUGGUAUGAGCGC